UUCUGUAUUCCGACGGAUUUCUAUUUCGUUCGAAAGUGAUAUUUCGAUCGUUUUCGAAUUUACCAUUCCCUAUUCCAAUCGUUUUGCUCGUUUCGAACGAAAGUGUUAGAAAAUUUCGAAUAUGCAUCGAUCUGUCAAAAACCGAUAAACAAAAAGAAACACCGUAUUAAAUAGCGGCGAGUGCGAGUUGAAUUUCAGUUAAUUUUUGAUCCUAAGAGAAAUUUGUGAGAAAAUUUUCUCGUUCAAUGGAUUCCGUUUUGUUACCGAUUUUGGCGGAGCAAGAAGAAAUUGGAAUGCCUUGCUACCAUCGGCGAAACCACCGAAAAUCAACCGACUUCAUGAAACUUUCUGAUGAAGCAUUCAUCAAAAGUUUUCGUCUAAGUAAGGAAGCUUUUCGGUACGUUUUAGAGGAAAUUGAGAACUGCCUUACCACAAGGAAAGGUGGUCUAUCCACGGAGGUGAAACUCGCAGCAUGUUUGCGAUUCUUUGCUGAAGGAAAUUAUCAACAUGGAGCAGGGCAAGAUUAUCACAUUGCCAUAGCACAGCCCACAUUUUCCAAGGUGCUGACUGAAAUGCUUAACAUUCUGGAGCGGACACUGUGUAAGAAAUGGAUUUCCCUAAAUAUGACGGAAGACGAACAGCGGCGUGCUAAACUACACUUCUAUCAGAAAACAUCAAUUCCGGGUGUUAUUAUGUGUUUGGAUGGAACCCACGUAAAAAUUAUUCCACCUAAGCUGAAUCGAAAUUUGUUUUUUAAUCGGAAGGGAUUUUAUAGUCUCAACGUUCUGAUUGUUUGUGACGAUCAGCAAAGGAUUCGUUUCGUUGAUCCUACCUUCCAGGGAUCUAAUCAUGUCUCUCAUAUAUGGCGUGUAAGCCCUGCAAGAACUCACUUUGAGCAGCUUCACCAAAAUGGUGAAGUUAAUACUAAGAUUCUAGGUGAUGCUGGUUAUCCAUCGGAACCUUGGUUAGUAACGCCAUUCAGAGCAGCGGAGGAAGGGAGUUUGGAGAGCGAUUUUAAUCGCAGGCAUGCCUUGGGUCGUGCUAUCGUCGAGCGGACAAUCGGUUUACUAAAAAAUCGGUUUAGAUGCAUCCUUGGCGCGGAACAACUUCACUACAAUCCUACUAAAUGCGCUCAAAUUAUAAAUGUAUGCUGUGCACUUCACAAUAUAUGCUUAGAAUUUGGUCGUUCUCAGUAGUUAUAAUAUGUUAUGCAGCUGUUUACAUAAUAAACUUUUGUUUAAAUUAAUAUUUAUGACUGUUAAAUUUCAUCUAACUUGUUUGCAAAUGCUCAAAUAAAUAACAACCACCGGAAAAGGAAGUGUCUUCCUUACUUAACUAUGGUUUCGGCAGAAUUAUUUACUCUUAUUCCUGCCAACACUUUGAGAACAUGUCAUUAUCGAUUUCUCGUAAGCAGGCCAAGUAUUCAAAUAACCAUUAUUAAUACUUUUUGCGUUGUUUUAACCCCUUGCUGUACGAUUUAAUUUCCAACAGCACGGCCCAAAACGAGCACUUCGAGUCGUUCCGCUACUCUGCUGAGUGUGGGUAUCUAACAUGGGUGCCCUAUGAUGAGCAAAUACAUGUUGUGUUUAAAAUAAAAACGAAGGAGUUAUUACUACGUACUAACUCGUUCGUUUUUAUUUUAAUUAUAAUAUUCAAAUUAUAUUUUAUAUUUUUAGCUCAUUCAAUUUUUUUUUAAAUAACGGAAAUUUUAUAAUCUUCAGUUGUCGGUAUCCUCAUCAUAUGCCUGAAGCUAUGUAAUUAUUUCACAUCGAGAAACAACGAGUGAAGUUCAAUGUUGUACGUGAAGGGGUUAAGGAAGUUCCAUAAACUAUAGGCGAAAUUCGUGAAUUUUAAAAAAGUUUAUAUAAUUUUGAUGCUAUUCCAAACAAACUUCAAAGAAAAAAUUAAGUAAGAUUUUUCUUCCAUGGAAAGAUAUAAAAAUACGAUUAGAACUUUUUUUCAUUUUUUUAUACUUGAGUUACAAUAUAAAGAUAAAAAAUCAGAUCACUGAUAUUUUGAAACAUUAUUCUAAUGUUCUGAAAUAUACGCAAUCUGCGUUUCAAGGAUUUGUCGCUAUUGAUUUCUCCAGCGCGAUCUUCUCCAUCUCGUGGUUAUGUCGUUUUUGUUCACUCAGAUGUUCUUUGAGUGUGGCAUCCACGGAAAGAAUCGCUCGAGCUGAUUGGCGCUGAUAAUGAACCAGAUCACUCAAAUUCUUGUUUGUGUUUUUUAACAGGGAUUUCACAUUGGUGUGAAAUUUGUUUUGUUGCUCGACUUGCAGCUCUAAUAGCCUCGUGGUAGAAGGUCUGGAUUUUUUCGGCUGAGAGGGCUGGAAGUGAAUGGUAUUAUUGAUACCGUCACACUCGUCGGAAGUACCAUAAUAUAUAAAAUUUUCCUGGUCUGCAGCUUGAGGUUCACCCGAAGGCGAACCCAACUGUGUUCCAUGAGAUGAGGUACCCGGGAUUCCUUCCACGGUCGCAAGUAACCCAGUUAGUAGAACUGCCUGCUCCUCCAGCUCGGACAAAUUGAUAAUUUUAUUGGGUCCUCCACCUGUCGCCCUCUGCUCCCGUUUGUUGUGAGCGAGUUUUCGCUUUAAUCCGGACUUAUAGUCCGCCCAAACCUACACAGAAAACCAGGGCAAAAAUAAGACUAUAAACAUAUGUUUCGGAUUCGUUUUAGUAUAUACCUUUUUCCAUCCACUUCCAUCGCGAAUAGGCGGUCCCAAACUAUUGACUUCUGCCGCCAGAUCAUCCCAGUAGGGUCCGGAAUUUCCUCGGGAGAAACCCUUUGCUAUGUCCGGCUCUUGCUCCAGAAGCAGCACAAUCCGCUCGAACUGAUUUUUAGUGGUUGUUUUGUUUUUGUUUUUUUCCCUGUUGAACGUUAAAAUUAAUUUAAAGAAAAAAAUGAUUAAAAAUUAGCUUACAUUUUUGCAGUUCACCGCUCAUCCGCUGCGGAAAUUAUUCACUCCUUCAUAAACAAAGUGGGUUUGACGUUUGGUUUGAUUCGAAUGAAAGAUGUUCGAAAACAAAACAGUCCGAACGAAAGGUAUUCGAAUUUGAAAACACCUCGAACGAAACAGGGAAUGGAAUU